AUGGCGAUAGCCAUGGGCUGGCAAAAGCCGGACAAUGUCGCUGGUUCCUCGGCUCCUGCCAUCAUGGUCGGGCUCUUUGUCGCUUCUGGAGGCCUACUCUUUGGUUACGACACUGGGGCCAUCAACGGCAUUCUUGCCAUGACGGAAUUCAAGCAACGGUUUGGCGGCAAUUGCCGCUCCCCCAGCACCAACGACACCUCACCCUCGGCGGCGGCGGCGGCGGCGUCGUUGAAUCUGUCGAUAUGCCCCAGAGAUGCGUCUCUCAUUGUUGCCAUCCUCAGCGCCGGCACGGCUGUAGGAGCACUGCUCGCCGCCCCAGCCGGAGAUUCACUGGGCAGGAGAAUCAGUCUACUCGUCUCGGUAGCCGUCUUUUGCGUCGGUGCCAUCUGCCAAGUCUGCGCCGAUGCCAUGCCACUCCUGCUCGUGGGCCGAGCGAUAGCGGGUGUUGGCGUAGGAGCCAUCUCCGUCCUGGUGCCAUUGUACCAGUCAGAGAUGGCGCCGAAGUGGAUUCGGGGAACUCUAGUCUGCGCAUAUCAGUUAUCAAUCACCAUCGGGUUGCUAUCCGCGUCCGUCAUCAACAUCAUCACGUCCAAGUUUGACAACUCGUCAGCGUUCCGAAUACCGCUGGGCCUGCAAAUCAUCCCGGCCGUGAUUCUCACCGCCGGUCUGCUCGUGCUUCCCGAAACUCCACGCUUCCUCGUCAAGAGGGGGCAGAACGAGGCUGCGGGCCUCUCCCUCAGCCGGCUACGGAGACUGGACAUUACCCACCCCGCCCUCAUCGAAGAGCUGCAAGAAAUCAUCUCGAACCACCAGUACGAGCUCACCCUGGGGCCAGCUACCUACAAGGACGCCCUGUGCGGAUCCCCACACCUCGGCCGCCGCACAUUUACCGGCUGCGGUCUUCAGAUGCUUCAGCAGCUCAGCGGCAUCAACUUCAUCAUGUACUACAGCACCACGUUCUUCGACGGCGUGGGGGUCACCAGCCCCUACACGAAAUCCACCAUCAUCAACGUCAUCAACGUCGUGUCGACAAUCCCGGGCCUGCUCGUCAUCGAGCCUUGGGGACGUCGAAGGCUGCUCAUGAUUGGCGCCCUCGGCAUGGCUGCAUGCCAACUCCUCAUGGCAUCCUUCACCACCGCGGCCGGCGCAGAUUUGCGAAACGUCAAGGAGACCAUUCUCAUCGUCUUUUGCUGCUUCAACAUAUUCUUCUUCGCCGCCUCCUGGGGCCCCGUGGUGUGGGUCGUCACGUCCGAGAUCUACCCCCUCAAGGUGCGGGCCAAGUCCAUGUCGCUCUCGACCGCCUCCAACUGGAUACUGAACUUUGGCAUCGCGUACGCCAGCCCGUUCAUGGUCGAGGCCGGCCCGGGCUCGGCCAGUUUCGGGCCCAAAAUCUUCUUCAUCUGGGGAGCGUUCUGCAUCCUCGCCUUCUUCUUCGUCUGGUGCAUGGUGUACGAGACGAGCAAGAUUAGCCUGGAGCAAAUCGACGAGAUGUACGAGCGCGUCAGCCACGCGUGGAACAGCAAGGACUUCCAACCGAGCUGGAGCUUCCAGCAGAUGGUCGACCAGGGCUGGUCGCCGAGCGGCAUCCCAGAACACGAGCUGCAAAGCACGCCGUCGCAGACGAGCGCCGACACCACCCUCGGCGACUCGAGCUCGUCCACCAUUUCCAUACGCCAUGACGAGGAGCACCAGACUCGACGGGCAUCAUCAGCACGCGACACCAAGACGCUGCCGGUGGCGAAUGUCGAUUUCAGUUAUUGA